CAGAAGUUCAGAAUCCCGGGACUUGAGGAAUCUGUGGAGCUCGCCCAUGUACUGUACUGCUUAACGUUUCUUGUGGAAAUCUUGAGAACGGAUAACAACCACACUGAAUAGAGAGAGUCUACAGUUGCCAAAUUUGACGGGUUGGGCCCCAUUACCCACUACACCCCACCAUGCCUCUGGUAACGAGGAAUAUAGAGCCACGGCAUGUGUGUCGCCAAACCAUCCCUGUCAACAUCCGCAGUGAGCUGGAAUGUGUCACCAAUAUCAGCUUGGCCAACAUCAUCCGCCAGCUCGGCAGCCUCAGUAAAUAUGCUGAGGAUGUGUUCGGGGAGCUGUUUGUCCAGGCUGGAGCCUUUGCAAUCAGAGUCAAUACACUGGGAGAAAGAGUGGACCGUCUGCAGGUUAAGGUCACCCAGCUGGACCCCAAAGAAGAGGAGGUGUCUCUGCAGGCCAUCACUACCCGCAAGGCCUUCCGCAGCAGUCUGACCCAGGACCAGCAGCUGUUCACCAGGCCGUCUCUGCCGAUGCCUGUUCAGGACACCUACGAGACCUGUAAUCCGCCGCCACCUCUCAACUACCUCAGCCAAUACCGGGACGAUGGGAAGGAGGCCCUGAAGUUUUACACUGAUCCCUCCUACUUCUUUGACCUAUGGAAGGAGAAGAUGCUGCAGGACACCAAGGACAUCAUGAAGGAGAGACGCAAGCACAGAAAGGAGAAGAAAGACCACCUGAACCAACGGACGCUCAAUCCGAGAAAGAUCAAGACCAGGAAGGACGAAUGGGAACGCCGCAAGAUGGGGGAGGAGUUUGUGGAGCCGAAGAAUGAUUUGAUGAAUUCCUCUGAGGGUCUGAACGGCAGCAUAGGAUCUGGAGACGGCUUCAACUCUGAAGGCUUCGAGCAGAGCACUGGUUCUUACGCCUAUGAACCCGGCUCCCCUCUCUCUCCACCUGGCAUUGAUGAACUUCCACCUCCACCUCCAGACAUGAGGUAUACUGACGGAGGGUACGGAGCACCUAGCCAGAAUCGUGUCAGCGUGCUGAGUCCAAGCCACCCACCUCCUGCUCCCCCCAUGGCCUCUCCACCUCCAAACUCCCGCCCCAACCUCUCCCCUCCCCCUGCACCUCCUCCCCCUCCUCCACCCUCUGGAUUUGGGGUUCCCCCACCUCCUCCUGGUUUCGAUGCCCCACCUUCCCCUCCUCCGCUCUCCUCCUCUGCCUAUCCCUCCCCACCUGCUCCCCCUCCUCCUCCUUUUAUGUCCGCUGUUUCUCCUCCUCCUCCACCACCUAUGCUUGCAGGUAGUGGUGGUCCUCCCCCUCCUCCUCCUCCUCCACCUCCCCCUGGGCCUCCUCCCCCUGGGCCUCCUCCCUCAUCCUUUAACCAGUCUGGAGCUCCCCCUCCUCCCUCUGGUGGUGGGGGGCAGUCCAGCUCUGCUCCCAAAGAGGAGCCGGAAGGUGGCGCUCGCAGUGACCUGCUGCAGGCCAUCCGGCAAGGUUUCAACCUGCGUAAGACGGAGGCGCAGCGUGAGCAGGAGAAGAGAGAUCACUCUAACAACGAUGUGGCGGCCAUCCUGUCCCGUCGUAUCGCUGUUGAGUGCAGCGACAGCGAGGAUGACUCCUCAGAGUUUGACGAUGACAAUUGGUCAGACUGAUCAUCCUCUCUUUUCCCCUUCACUUUACACUUCACUUUCUCCAGCCUUAAAACAAAUUCUUUGUAUUUACGUUCAAAUUACAUUCAGAGAAGCAAAGGACCAUGUUCUGUGUCUGUCAGAUUUUCAGUAUGUAAGUGACCUAUUACAAAUCACAUUCCUUAACAUGUAUUUCUAUUUAUCCAAAAUUAUUCCUAUCAGAUGUGCAAAAGUCCAAAGAAAAGUGUGUGCGGGCCUGGUUUUGCUUUCUGUGCCACAGCGCUGUUGUUAAUGCGAGAGUGUUGUGUGACGAGGCUCACGACUCUCUGCUGAGUGUGCGUAGACACAUCACCUCUGUCUUUCUCCUAUUAUGAGCCCUUUGCUUAGGGCAAAACGUCCGAUUUGAUCCGCUUUAGUGUAUUACGGCAAGGGAUAACAGAGGUAGUACACGCAACGUCUUCCACACACAGUAUUUGUAUGUACAAAACAUUCGCUCACUCGUCUGUUAUAUAAUAUUGAUGUAAAAUUUAUAUACCAUAUUGAAUCAUAUGAGCUAAAGAUAAUUGAUGCAAUCCUUUUAUAUCCCCCUUUUUUGGUCACAUUUCCUUUCCUCACUAUUUUUAUUCAGACUUCUUAGUUGUCAUGGGAACAAUUCACGUGCGGAUGUGACACAGUUAAAGUUUAUUAACAGAUUCAUAGAUUAAUUAUUCAGUGCGAUGUGGGAAGCAGUGGCUCAUGGCCGACACCUGGGGUGUUUGAUGAGAUUAUCCCGCUGAACAUAUGCAGACAUUUUACACACACGUGAUUCAUUCUGUACCCUGUUUCAGCUUUGUCGCCUCUUUCUUACUGCGGUUUAUUCUUUUCUGACUUUUCGGGGAUCAACUCUGAUGUUUUAAUCACUGUGUUUUUCUUAUAAGUGCCUUUUUUUUAUACUGCAUCUCAGUGUCAGUGCAGGUUUAUUUUGUUACCCACACUGGUCACUGAUCAGCUUCUUCCAUUUAUAUUAUCAGCUGUCUGUAUUGAGUCAAAUGUAGAACAGACUGAUGUUUAGUGUGGACAACAUGUGUCCAAAGUGCCUUUUAUUUUAAAUUUGCCUGUGAUUAAACACAAUCACACAGCAUGAUUUGCCAAAGCUUCUCCUGCCUUGAAUUUCCAAAUGAUAAUAGUUAUUUCAAUAAAGAUAGUGAAUUACAGAA